GAACCUGAAUAAAUGUGGCCUAGAUUUCAUAACAUCUGUAGAUUCUAUGACUGUGCUGCACAUGUAACAAGAUUUCAUGGGAAUUAUUAUCUCUGAAGGUGUUGAGAUAUAACCAGUCAUCAUGGAGGGAUACGUCUUCAGCAACUGGGCAGAGACAUUCUUUUGCAAGCCUGAGCGGUACUAUGAGCCACAAAACAUUUCAGAGCUUACCCAGUUGGUCCAGAAGGCUCGUAUAGAAGGGAAGAGAGUUAAGGUCUGUGGCAGUAGGCAUUCACCAUCAGAUAUCGCGUGUACAACGGGAUACAUGAUCAACAUGAAGCACAUCAACAAAGUCAUAUCGGUUGAUGUUGACAAAUGUCAAAUACAUGUAGAGGCUGGAGUCAAGCUGGAGAAACUCAAUACCGAUAUCCUUCCAAGACAUGGACUUGCUCUUAGUGUACUUGGAGCUAUCUCAGAGCAGACUAUAGCUGGCGCUAUUUCAAGUACUCACGGCACUGGAUACAAUCAUGGUAUCAUGGCAACAAAUAUCGUUAGCUUGGAGUUGUUGACUGGGCAAGGAGAAGUCUUGCAGUGCUCAGCCUCAGAAAACCCGGAUGUUUUCAGCGGUGCCUGUUGUGGGUUAGGAGCUCUUGGUAUUAUUCUCACAGUGACCAUACAGUGUGAACCGGCGUACAAGCUGCAUGAGAUUCAGACGUCUACAACACUUGAUGACGUCCUGGAUAAUUUAGACUCGUACGUUGAAGGGAGUGAGCACUUUCGUUUCAUGUGGUACCCUCAUACCGAUAUGGUGGUGAUAUCUAAGCUUAAUCGCACGGAGAAGAGCAUCACAAUGACCCCACCCUCAUGGUUUUGGAACAAGUUUAUCGGUUUCUAUGCACUGGAAUUCUCCCUUUGGCUUAGUGAGUUUUAUCGACCCCUUGUUCCGUGGAUCAACUGGUUGUAUUUCUUGAUAUUUUCCUCGCAACCGAAAGAAAGGGUCGACAUCGGGCACAGAGUCUUCAAUUUUGACUGCCUCUUUAAACAGCAUGUCACUGAAUGGAAUGUCCCGAGGAACAAGACUGGUGUGGUUUUGCGAGAGCUGAGAGACAACAUCGAUAAGAGACGUUUCUAUGCGCACAUGCCGACAGAGGUUCGCUUUACACGAUCUGAUGACAUCAUGAUAAGCCCGGCCAAUGGGAGAGAGACGUGCUUCAUCAACAUCAUCCAUUUCAGGCCUUAUGGAAGAGAAACUUUGAACACCAAAUACUGGGCGGUUUAUGAGGACAUUGUGAAAAGAGCAGGAGGAAGACCUCAUUGGGCCAAGGAGCACCCUCUGAGAAACAAGGAGUUAUCCGAGCUUUACCCAAGGUGGACCGAGUUCUGUGAUCUCCGGAAGAAACUUGAUCCUCACGGGAUGUUCCUCAACGCGUACCUAGAGAGGAUUCUCUCUGACUAAACUUCGCUGCCUGAUCAAUGGCGCUAUCCGGAGGGUUCAUCUGGGAGGUUUCCUGGGGCUACGUCCGGAAGAAACUACCAUGAUUGUACGAAAAAUCUCUCAAGUGCCGUCAUUUUUGUUGGAAAAUGGAUCCUCACGGGAUCUUCCUCAAUGCGUAUUUAGCGAGGAUUCCGUCAGACUAGACUUCACUGCCUGGCCAAUGGCGUUAUCCUGAUGGGCCAGUGGGUACGUAUCCUGGCUCUUUGUCUGGAAGAAAUUGAUAUACUUGUACAAAAAAAUCUCUCAGAUGUUAUCCUUUUUGUUUAGAAACUAGGUCCUCAUGGGAAGUAUCUCGAUGCGUUUCUGGAAAUGAUUCUACCUGGAUAGCUGUAAUCUCUGCUGCUUUACCAAAAGCGAUUUCCUGAGGAUUUAGCUGGCAAAAACUAGAUCCGAGGAUACCUCCUUGCCCGCUGGAACCAGAUGGUCACUCUAAAAGCCCAUGGGGAGCUUGGUAAUCUUUGGGUUGAUAUACAUUGCCAUAAAUAGUGUCUUAUUACAUGAUUUUCGGGAAGAAGGGAUCCUUGCGGAAUGUUUCUGGGUGUGUAUUUAGUGUGGAGUCUUUCUGACUAGAUUUUGCUGCUCUUUCAAUGGCUUCACCCUGUGGAAUACAGACGAACUAAAUCCUACAUUACCACCAAGGCCAUACUGAUUUUGUCUCUUAAAUACAGUCAUCGUUGGAAGAAGCAAUAUGAUUGCAAGAUGAUCUUCGAUGCGUAUUUGGUAAGAAUACUAAACGGAUUAAUUACCAGUGUAACCCCUGUAUCUAAAAGGUUUGUCAUGUGACACACAAGAUAUUUAUCUGAGAUUAAUCUUCGCCCCUGAUGCAUCAUGUUCAAAAGAAAUGAGAUCUUUUGCGAUCGAUGGUUACAUGGUGAGAAACUCCUAGCGUAUUUUCUGCCAAUCGCAUUAUUUUAUGAACAGGAAGACCUAAAUCCUUGUGAAAUUUCUUCUAUACUUUAUUAUAUAGAGAUUUUUCACAGUCUAAUAUGGUCUCAUGGGUUGGUAAUGACGUUCAUAUUGGUUUGAGUAAUUCCUGGAGUAUUAGAAAAAAAACAACCUGCUACCUCCAAAAUAUAAAAGUUGAAAUAAAAGUGUGGGAAGUUCAAGGAAUGUGGCAUUUUU